AUGUUGGUCAGCGAUCUUGCGACCAAAAAUUGGCAUUCCAGGCCAUCCACGGAGUGCUGCGGAAGCGACGUGUUACAUCUUGGCAGGAACAAGGCUACAGCCAUUGCGGCAAUGCCAGAUAUAACCAUUGCGGUGUGCUUCGAAGGGAAAAUGAAUCCUUCAGGUACAUCCUCCUAG